GCCUGCGGAGACUCCCGGGUCUCCGCGCCGAACUGGGACUAGGGGCAGGCAGCCCGGGCGGAGCGGGCCGGUGCCGAGGGCGGCCCCGGGCAUUGCUCUGCCCCGGGCAUUGCGCGGCGCGCGUGAGGGGGAUGCAGCAGGAGGCGGCGCGGCGGGAGGAGGAGUAGGCGGCGGUGCCCUCGGGAGGGAGCUGCGCGCGGGCCAGACGGCUCCCGGAGGCUCCGCAGUGCCGCCGCCGUCGCCCGGGAGGCUCCGCGCGGGAGCCAUGUAACCCUGCGGCGGGCUCCGCGCUGCUCCGUCCUUCCCCAGCUCCCGGGCUAGCGCGGCAGCGGGGCCACGAUGAAGAAGCAGUUCAAUCGCAUGCGCCAGCUGGCCAACCAGACGGUGGGCAGGGCUGAAAAGACGGAAGUUUUGAGUGAAGACCUUCUUCAGGUGGAGAAGCGUCUGGAGCUGGUGAAACAGGUGUCCCACAGCACUCACAAGAAGCUCACUGCAUGUCUGCAGGGCCAGCAAGGGGCAGAGGCUGACAAGCGCUCCAAAAAGUUGCCUUUGACAACACUGGCUCAGUGUCUGAUGGAGGGGUCAGCUAUCCUGGGAGAUGACACACUUCUUGGGAAGAUGCUGAAACUCUGUGGAGAGACAGAGGACAAGCUGGCUCAGGAGCUGAUACAUUUUGAGUUGCAAGUAGAGAGAGACGUGAUUGAGCCCCUGUUUUUGCUGGCGGAGGUGGAAAUCCCAAAUAUUCAAAAGCAGAGGAAACACUUAGCCAAGUUGGUGCUGGACAUGGAUUCCUCACGAACCAGGUGGCAGCAGACUUCCAAGUCUUCAGGUUUGUCCAGCAGCUUACAGCCUGCGGGUGCCAAGGCUGAUGCCCUCAGGGAAGAAAUGGAAGAGGCUGCCAACAGAGUGGAGAUUUGCAGGGACCAGCUCUCAGCUGACAUGUACAGUUUUGUGGCCAAAGAAAUUGACUAUGCAAACUACUUUCAAACGCUAAUAGAAGUGCAAGCUGAAUACCACAGGAAGUCCCUGACACUAUUGCAGGCUGUAUUGCCUCAGAUCAAAGCACAACAGGAGGCCUGGGUGGAGAAGCCUUCCUUCGGGAAGCCGCUAGAGGAGCACCUCACCAUCAGUGGCCGGGAGAUCGCCUUCCCCAUCGAGGCGUGUGUGACCAUGCUGCUCGAGUGUGGGAUGCAGGAGGAGGGACUCUUCCGAGUAGCCCCCUCUGCCUCCAAGCUGAAGAAGCUGAAAGCGGCCCUGGACUGCUGCGUGGUGGAUGUGCAGGAGUACUCGGCAGACCCCCACGCAAUUGCAGGAGCUUUGAAAUCUUACCUCCGAGAGUUGCCAGAACCUCUUAUGACCUUUGAACUCUAUGAUGAGUGGAUCCAGGCUUCCAAUAUCCAGGAGCAAGACAAGAAGCUUCAGGCUCUGUGGAAUGCUUGUGAAAAGUUGCCCAAGGCCAAUCACAACAACAUCCGAUACUUGAUCAAAUUUUUAUCCAAGCUGUCAGAAUAUCAAGAUGUAAACAAGAUGACUCCCAGUAACAUGGCAAUUGUUUUAGGACCCAACCUCCUAUGGCCACAAGCAGAAGGGAACAUUACAGAGAUGAUGACCACAGUGUCGCUGCAGAUUGUUGGGAUCAUUGAACCUAUCAUCCAGCAUGCAGACUGGUUCUUCCCUGGGGAGAUAGAGUUCAACAUUACUGGCAAUUAUGGGAGUCCAGUACACGUGAACCAUAAUGCCAACUACAGCUCAAUGCCCUCCCCAGACAUUGACCCUGCUGACCGGCGCCAGCCCGAGCAGGCCCGCCGGCCCCUCAGCGUCGCCACGGAUAAUAUGAUGCUGGAGUUUUACAAAAAGGAUGGCCUUAGGAAAAUCCAAAGCAUGGGCGUGAGGGUCAUGGACACAAACUGGGUGGCUCGAAGAGGCUCCUCGGCCGGUCGGAAAGUGUCCUGCGCCCCGCCCUCCAUGCAGCCUCCCGCCCCGCCCGCCGAGCUGGCUGCGCCCCUGCCUUCGCCGCUGCCGGAGCAGCCCCUGGACAGCCCCGCGGCCCCCGCGCUCUCUCCAUCCGGCCUGGGCCUCCAGCCGGGGCCCGAGCGCACCAGUACAACAAAAAGCAAGGAACUUUCUCCAGGGUCUGCACAGAAAGGAAGUCCAGGCUCCAGCCAGGGCACGGCCUGUGCAGGGACGCAACCAGGGGCUCAACCAGGAGCUCAGCCGGGCACCAGCCCCAGCCCCAGCCAGCCGCCUGCAGACCAGAGUCCUCACACCCUCCGGAAAGUUUCAAAGAAGCUGGCACCAAUUCCACCCAAGGUCCCCUUUGGCCAGCCGGGGGCUGUGGCAGACCAGUCCGCUGGCCAGCCGUCCCCAGUCAGCCUGUCCCCCACCCCGCCCAGCACCCCAUCACCCUAUGGACUGAGCUACCCUCAGGGGUACUCCUUGGCCUCGGGCCAGCUCUCCCCAGCUGCAGCUCCUCCCCUGGCCUCUCCUUCUGUCUUUACAAGCACUUUGAGCAAAUCGCGGCCCACUCCUAAGCCGCGACAGCGACCUACUCUGCCGCCUCCUCAGCCUCCCACAGUAAACCUCUCGGCCUCUAGUCCACAGUCCACGGAGCCCCCCAUGCUAGAUGGCAUGUCCCCUGGGGAAAGCAUGUCUACAGCUGUGUGACAUGAGUGGCGCAGUUUUGGAUACGUGUGAGGGGGCUUUUCAGGAUCUUGUCCACUUUGAUAUUCCCUCGAUCCACAUAGAGCUCGGGUCGACGCUCCGCCUGAGUCCCCUGGAGCACAUGCGGCGACACUCAGUGACUGACAAGAGGGACUCGGAGGAGGAGUCUGAGAGCACCGCCCUCUGACAUGGCACCGCCCAUCCUGCCUCUCGUGUACAUACAUCACGGGCCCUAGGAACGCCGCCAGGAGCAGCGUCCGUGAGCUUGCCAAGUGUUCUCUGCUGGCUCUUUCCUGCCACUGCCAACACGAGGUUGGAAUCUGGCAGAAAAUUGUGAUCUCCAGUCCGUGUGGUGAUGCUGGUGGUGCAGGUUUUGUUUGUUCCUUUCGGGUGGUGACUUCGGCCUUUUGUUUGACCUUUGCCUUUUGACUUUGUGCCUCUUUUGAUCCACUUUCAGCCUCCAUGCCAAGCAACACCCACCUGUCCAUCCAAGGCUGGUCAGGAACGUCCUUUGCAGGGUCGGGGUGGUGUGGGAGAGGCUCACUUUGCCUGGUUAGACCCGAGGGCUGCUACCUUUUCCUUGGACGGCUCAUGUCAGGUCUUGCAGGAUCAGUUUAAUGGCCACAGAAAGGAAGCAGGACGGCAGGGCCCCUCUCACCCACAACUGGACCAGGUCCGGGAUUCUAGCAGUCCUGGGGCACUGACCUUUGCCAGCUACUCGGGGGAGGGCUUGCCACUGGAAAACCCUUCAGGCCGCCCCCAUCAGUGGGCUCCAAAGUAAAUGGCUGAAAACAAAAAUGUUUCACUUCCUAACAAACAAAACAGUUGUUUUCCUUUUUCCACUGUGUGACUGAAAGCUCCUAUAUCAUUUUAUAUUUCUGAAUCUAUAAAACAAGCCUGACAAUGUCGGGAGGGCCCAAAGGUGGCCUCCAUGUCCCCAAAUAUAUUGGCUAUAUGAGAGUAAUUUUACCCCUCUAGGUACCUAAAGGCACCCAGCUCACUAGUCUGUGGGGUCCUGGAGCCUGUCUCUUCUUUCUGGAGGUUCAAACUGAAUAGCAAUAAUUAUGUUACCCAAAGCAUGUGGAGGAAAAGUGAAACCAGCCACGGAGACACCGGCCCAGGGGCUUGGCCUGUGGUGUAGCCUGCUUUGCUCACCAGCGUCAGCCGCUCAUCCCUUCUCAUGAAGUCCCAUCUGGUCAUGGGGACGAGGGCCGGGAGGGCACCGGGUAGCCUCCUCACACUUGGGGAUUAGGGGAGUGAGAGAAGAUUUGGGCCAUGCAUGCGAAGUCAAAGUUUAAAAUUUUAUCCUUUUAAAAUAGAUAUAAUAUACCUAUACAUGAUAUAAUAUUUGUAUAUAUGAAAUCUCUCUAUAUUUGUUUAAUUUGAGCCAUUCAAUCUAAACCGAUGUACAGGUGUACAAUGAAAAAUUUAAAUGCUUAGUUAUUUUUCCCAACACAGUGUAAAGUCACCCUCCUCUGAGAGUGGGAUGUGCAGACUUUUGAUGUCACAGCUUUGCUCACUUCCUGGCAAGGGCAGUUCAUGCCUCAAUUUGUAAUGGGAGUCUGGGGUACGGGUGGGGGUUGAAAGUUAUCUUUAAAUACAUGUACAAAUCGUUGUCAAAAGUAAUGUUAUUAAAAUAGAUUUAUUAUCCCUGA